UGUUGGGAACACUUUCAAUCGGAACGGAACUCCAGAAAUCGCUCUGCAUUAUGAUGCAAAGUGAUCGAAAGUGAAAUGCCGAAUUUACAGUGGACAGUGUGCGGUAUCAUUUACGUAAGAUUCGCCACAGAUCACAAUGAUCACAAUGUGUGGUGUUUGCCUCUUAUAAGUGGCCACAUCCAACGCCAACGCCGCACAGUCCACAGUCGAGGUUGAAGCGCCACGCAAAUCGAAUCGAAGCGAAUCGGAAAACCAACGUCAACCACAUCCACAAAAGAUGCUAGCCAAGCCAAAGGCCACCUCGUGGCCACUGAUGUUGCAGCUGCUGCUCCUAUCGCAAGUCAUCGCUGAUGUCAGCCAUCUAGCCAAGGAAUACUUACCGCCAGAUUUGGAACAACCCGCCGUCAAGCAGCCUCUGGCCGACGAACCCGCUCCGGUGGAGCAAGCCAUGCAAGCCAACGAUGGUGCCUACUUCCCCACAGCGGGUCUAAUGCUGCCCCUAGGCUAUGCGAUACCAACAGGUGGCAAUGUGGCUGCCCCGCCCAUGUCACCACCCAAUUUUCCGUUACCCAUCUACCCACCAUUCUUUGGAUUCGGCGUCGGACCUGACGGAUUAGCGGGCGCCCAAGUGCCGCCCGGCUUUGCCAAUCCAGCACAAUUUGCAGGUGGCGCUUUCCCCAUUCCGGCACAGGGCGGACAGUUCCCAACUGGGCCACAGGGCGGUGCAUUCGCGGCUGGACCACAAGCUGGACAGUUUUCGGCUGCCUUGCAAAAUGGCAAUUUCGCAGGCGGAGCACAAGGCGGUGCAUUCCCUGUUGCACCUCAGGGCGGUGCCUUCCCCAUUGGACCUGAGGGAGGUGCUUUCCCCAUUGCUCCUCAGGGUGGUGCUUUCCCCGUAGCACCUCAGGGCGGCGCUUUUCCCGUUGCACCUCAGGGUGGUCCAUUCCCAACUGGACCUCAAACCGGUCCAUUCCCCGUCGGACCUCAGGGUGGUCCUUUUCCCGUCGGACCUCAAAGCGGUCCCUUCCCCGUCGGACCUCAGAGCGGUCCUUUCCCCGCUGGACCCGAAGGCGGACCAUUUCCCGCUGGACCACAAAUUAGUGCGUUCCCAGCGGUACCUCAGACAGGGCCACAGGGCGUUGGACCCUUCCCAGUGGGACCCACGCCGCAGAAUCCCUUUGCACCCGACUACCUAACCACACAGGGAUUACCCGCGGCGGGCAUGCAACUGCCCUUCGGUAUGCCACCCGGCUUCGCUGGUCCCGGUCCCACAUAUCCAUAUCAGCCUUUCUCGCCCAGCUUUGGUGUACCAGGGCAGUAUUAUCAGCCGCAGCAGCAGCCACAACCGUUCGCUGAUGAACCCGAACCAGAGGCGAAUGCCAAACAAAAGAGCAGCAGCAACAGCUCGGCGUCAACAAGCACAACGGUUGCGCCCAAGAGCCGCAACAGGGACACGGUUUAUGCGCCCAACGGUGGCUACAUCUAUCAGCGUGCCAAAUGAGUUACAAGCGAUUUUAUAGCCCAGUAACGAGCUCACGGCGCUCGAACGUCUAAUAAAUUAUUAAACAAUCUUUUUUUU